AUGGAAAAAAUGACUUCUUGGCAUAACACAAAUUUAAGAUGGUUUGUAUUAGUGCUAAUUGGUGUUUAUCCAUUAGUACAGUUUUUAAUAGGGGAAUAUCCAGCACUUUUAGGAGAACAGAUCAAGUCAUAUUUUGAUGUGAGUUAAGCAGAAAUUAAUUAUCUAUUAACAUUUAGAUCUUUUCCAAAUAUGAUAAUGUCAUUAAUUGGGGGUCUGAUUAUAGAUACUUUUGGAGUAAGACGUUCUUAUGUCUUUUUUGGAUCAAUUGUGAUUAUUGGCUAACGUAUUAAUAAUAGAAAAUUAUAUAAUAAGUUUUAUGUUUUGUGUCUGUAAUUUAUAAGCAUUUUAUUUGGAUGGUGAUUGGUAGAUUUAUUUUUGGAUCAUUUGAAUCAAGUGGUUUUGUAGCUGAGAGUUAUUAUAUCAAUAAAUGGUUUUAAGGUAAAGAAAAUUCCCUUGCAUUUGGGUAUAUAAAUUAAUUAAAUACAGGAUUGAUACUGCUAUCUGUAGAUUAGGAUCAAUUGGAGCUGCUAUUAUCUAUCCUUAUCUUUAUCAAUCUUCAAAUAAUGAUUUAUCUCAAUGCUUAUUGAUUUGUCUCCUUAUAGCAAUUAUAAGUUUUCUAAUAAUCAUAAUUCUCACCUAAAUUGAUAGAUGUAGUGAUAUAAGAGAUAAAACCACAGACUAAAAAUUGGAUAGUGUAGAUCUUAGAUAAAUUAGAAAUUUUAGCUUAGAAUUUUAUAUAACUUUAAUCACAUGUGUGACCUGCUAUUCUGUUUUCUUUAUCUUCAGUUAUAACAGUGUCGAAAUGUUUAAAUAAAUGUAAUUCUAAUCUAAUAUUUAGUUAUAAAUUGAAUUAAAACGUUGCAAAUACAAUAUUUAGUAUUCCUUACUAUCUUUCUGCAAUUUUGAGUCCCAUCAUAGGUCAUUAUGUAGAUAAAAAAGGAUAGAAUAUUGAAAUUCUUUGUACUGCUAGUUGCUGCUAAUUAUUAGCAAUGACAAUUUUUUAUUCAAUGCCAGAAUGUGAUACAGAAAGCAUUACCAUACCAUUUUUAGGAAAUAUACUUAAUGGAUUCUUUUUUGGAACCUAUUAUGCUGUAAUGUGGCCACACAUACCAUUGAUUGUACCAUCUCAUAUGGUUGGAACUGGCUUUGGCUUAACUUUUUCUUCCAUUAACAUAGGUAAUAUCCUAUAUGUAAUUUUAUAGAAAUUACAAUUUUCUCAUUUAUUGUUUCUAAUAUGUUGUAAAUAGAAAAUUAUGAUAAUUAUCAAUAAAUGAACUAUUUGCUACUUAUUUUAUCUCUUAUAGGAUUUAUUCCAUUAGUAUUUUUAUUCAAAAAUCAUCGAACUUAAUACCAUAAACAUAUCCAAACUUAAAAUGAUGAUGAUGAAACAACAAAUUAAAUCGAAUUAAUUGUAAAAAGUAAAUCCACUUGA